AUGACUACACGCAGCAAACACAAGUUUCCCUCAUUGGGCACUAAAGAGGACAAGGAGCUUCUACUUGACAAAGAGAGAGUAGCAAAGAAACCCAAGAUCGAAUCCAAUCGUAUCACUGGACUCAAGAUACGUACGAGAAUCUGUCCCACUCUUUUAUUACAUGUCGACUUUGCCAAGGCUGAACUAAACACGCCGCAUGUCAACAGCAAGGACGACUUAAAUUUCUUGUGUCUUAGUUUAAUUGUCAUGCCCCAGGCUGGAUAUUCCUCAGACGACUUCACAGCAGAACUCGAUGCUAUUGAGGAUACUGAGUCCGAAUCUGGAAAUGAUGAGCAAGACAACGAGUUUGAUGCCUGGAGCGAUCUUGACACCCUGAGGAUGGUCUUGACAAUGCCUCAGCCUGACGCGCUGUAG